UAUUUUCCAUUGCCAAUCUAAUGGUUCGAUUUCUAUGAAUAAAUCUAAGCAUUUUUUAGAAUUACUUGUCAAAGAUAAAGGAGAUAGUAGUGUCGUAUGCUUGUGAGCAACUGGAGGAGGCGGACGUUGGCUUAUGGCGUACGCGGUCUGGCUUUAAUGAGAGGAAGAUAUCCAGCUGGUUGUAUUUUGUAUGCAUAAUUAUUUCAGGCUCCCUAUAUCUAAAAAAUGGAAGAUAAUCGCUUGUCGUCUUCUAUCAUGGCUGAAUGUCUGAAUCAGUUACCACUCUAUCUAACAGAAUCUAUUGCUGAAUUGACUGUAGAAUAAAGCAGGAAUGUCGUGCUCCCUUGAAAGUGUGAUAAAAGCAGAAUCAUUUCAUUAACAAAAUAGGAUUCACUUAUACUCCAGGGUUUGUUCUAGAGGGUGUAUUUGUAUAAAAGGAAUUCAGGCCAUCAAAGACUGUCUUACAAUAUCAAGUUAAAUUCCCUUUUCAUGGAUGAGUGAUAGGAUCUUCAGUUGGCCACUUUAAGUAUCUAGAAGCCACUCUUUUCUUAAUAUUUCUGAGCAGAGGCUGUGAAGUCAAAUUGUAAGGGUUUAAGAUGAACUACUCUGAUGGUUCUUUCUUUCCUUCAUGGCCUGGCAAUUCCGCUUCUGAGAACUAUAGCUUCGUUGAUGGUUCAGUGGAAUCAUAUACAGAAGAAGGAAGUAUGCCAACUACAGGCUAUUUCAGAGCUAGAUCAAAUCAGAAUUUAACAUUUGAUGAGCAUGAACAGAACCCUGCUAUGCUUGCAAAUGGAUGCUUGCCAUACAACACUCAGACUGAUCUAUUAUCUGGCGAGAUUCUAUCAGACGACAAGCCUUCAAACAGCCUUGUGGAGCUUUCACAACUUCAGAACAAUGUCUGUCUGCAAAAUAAUUUAAUUCCCCCAGGGACUCUUCAGUGCACUUCAACACCUGGAACUUUUGACCUGCAGUUGGAUACCCCUGGCCUUCUGGAACUACCUCAUGCCUUGUCCAGUUCAAUUGAAAGCAAUGGUAGUGAAGUUUCAGCUUUUCUUGCUGAUGUACAAGCUGUUUCUUCAGCCUCGACUCUGUGUUCCACAUUUCAAAAUGUUCCUUCCUACAUGGAACCAGUAAGCCUAGAAGCUUUCAGUUUUCAAGGGAUGCAAAAUGCUGCUAUGUUCAACAAUGCAAGUCAUUCAAAUGGGAACCUGUCAGUAUUUGAUGAGGCAACCAUGGCAUCACUACAUGAUAGCAAAGAGUUUCUCAAUGGUAGCAUCUCAUCUCUUGGUACCGGCCAGCAAUCACAACUAGCUGGUGGUGGUUUGAAGGCUGAACAACAGGAGCAAAAUACAAUGUGCAAUAUUCCGCUCCCUUCUUUCGUUUCUGCUAGUCAGAUGGCAGUGAGUGAAGCACAAGGGGCACUGAUUCCUUCAAAGACAACAUCAAUAACCCAUAACAAUAAAAGUGAGUACCCUAUCCCUAUCAGCCAUUCUGCUGAUGUGCAGCAUAAGGCAAAUUCAGGUAAUGGAAAUAGUGCCAGUGCUAAACCACGAGCAAGAGCUCGACGUGGACAGGCAACUGACCCUCAUAGUAUUGCUGAACGGCUUCGCAGAGAGAAGAUCUCAGAGAGGAUGAAAAAUCUCCAAGACCUUGUACCAAACUCAAAUAAGGCAGAUAAGUCAUCAAUGCUCGAUGAAAUAAUUGAUUAUGUGAAAUUUCUUCAGCUUCAGGUGAAGGUCUUAAGCAUGAGUAGGCUAGGAGCUCCUGGGGCAGUUCUUCCCCUCCUCGCAGAAUCUCAGACUGAGGGCCGUAGCAAUUCACCUCUAUCAUCUCCAACCACCUCACAAGGGCUACUGGACGUAGCAGGCCCAGAAGAUAGCUUGGUGUUUGAGCAAGAAGUUAUAAAGCUGAUGGAAACAAGCAUCACCAACGCAAUGCAGUACCUUCAGAACAAGGGCCUCUGCCUGAUGCCUAUCGCUCUUGCUUCAGCCAUAUCCAACCAGAAAGGCACUUCUGCAGCUGCAAUCCCUCCUGAAAGGUGAAAACAGAAAGCACAUCAUGCUCCUCCCAUCGGCACGCGGAAACAACUGUCGAAAUGUGCUAGAGUUAAUAGAAGUUAUGAGAAAACUAAAAUCCGAGGGUGAAGGAUAGGAAGUUAUGCGACUAAUAGUACAAGCUUAUGGUAUAAUCUAGUAGCUUACUCCAAGAAACCUAUACUUUUUCUAUUCUCUGUUGCACAUCAGUUGAUGUGUAUUCUUUUGUUUUUUGGACGGCAUUGCUAACUUGGUACAAGUGUCUGGCACCUUGGGUUGUAGAUGGAUCUAUGAGGUUUAUUACCGACUGUUCAUGCAGGUUACAGCUUUACUAAA